CAAUCAUCAUAACCAUGUCCCGCAAUCUUUUAAUUACUGGUGCCACCGGGAAGCAAGGCGGCAGUGUCGUGGAAGCCGUCCUCGCUCGUUUCUCGAAAGAAUUCACCAUCCUCGCCGUCACUCGCAAUGCACAGUCACCAUCGGCCCUGGGUCUGGCCAAGAAGUCAUCCGCUGUCAAACUUGUCGAAGGAAACCUUGACGACGUACCCUCCCUGUUUCGAGCUGCGAAGAAGGUUGCCUCUGGCCCCAUCUGGGGUGUCUAUUCAGUUCAAGCCGCAGUGACCAAGGGCACCACCUUCGAGGGAGAAAUACGACAAGGCAAAGCACUCAUUGAAGAGUCCAUCAAGAACGAUGUGAAGCAUUUCGUCUACAGUAGCGUCGAUCGUGGCGGCAACGAGCGGUCCUGGAGUAACCCAACGCCAAUCCCGCACUUCCAGUCGAAGCAUCAGAUUGAACACUAUCUCCGCGAUAGUGUCGAAAGUCGGAAGUCCGCUAUGGGCUGGACAAUCUUGCGCCCUGUUAUCUUCUUAGACAAUAUUACGCCGGACUUCCAGUCCAAGGUAUUCAUGACAAGCUUGCGUAAUACCAUGAAGGAUAAGCCAUUGCAGUGGAUUGCUACUUCUGAUAUUGGAGUUUUUGCAGCUGAGGCAUUUGCAAAUCCUGAUCGUUUUAACAAGCAGGUGAUAGGGCUGGCUGGAGAGGAGCUUACCUUCGAGGAACUAGACCAGAGGUUUAGGAGCGUGACGGGCACCGGCGUUGGCACGACAAUUGGGCUGCUGGGCAAGGCACUUAAGGCAGGAGUCAAGGAAGUCGCUGUGAUGUUGGAUUGGUUUAAGGAAGACGGCUAUAAUGUGGAUAUGCAGCUGGCUAAGAGCAUUCAUCCGCACAUCAAGGAUGUCAGGGCGUGGCUAAAACAAGACAGCGCCUUCGUCACACGAUAG